AUGUCUAGGGAAUCUUCAAAUGAUAAUGUAUUUCAGCCACCAAAUUUGAGUUCCAGGGAGCUGCUUACAUCGAUUGUCACUCAUGAGGGAUUCCGAUCUCGUUCUAAGAAGGGAGCAAGUCAUCUUCCGAGCCUCCCUAAUUCGCCUAGUGUUCAGUCGGAAAAGAACUAUUUCGAACAGGACAGCAUCAAACAAGAUGAUUCCAGUGGAAAUAACUUUGUUGAGUUUGACUUGAGCUCAAUGAACUCGAAAAAUAGAACAAGCGAGUCACUUCCUAAAGUGUUGGAGAAAGUAUAUGUUCCUUCCAAUCCUGACACACCACAGAUUGAGGAGCACCCUGAAGAGCCUAUCGACAACACUCAAGUUGAAUUGGUACCUGCAACAAAAGAGGAUGACUUUUUUAGUGAAUCUAAUUGGAAAGAAAUGAAAACGAUAUCUUAUCUAGACUUUUACGAUGACAAGGGUGAGCUUCAACACAAAUCUGAAUCUGGACAUGACUUUAUUCACAACAAUAAUCUUCAUUUUGGGUAUACCAAAAUAGAUACAGAAGAACAGGUCAACAAAUAUGCAGCUUUAGAUAAAAAGACUGAUUUUUUGUUCAAAAAUGCAACUCGUAAACCACGUACUUAUGGAGAGAAAAAUGUACUUUUCGAUGCAGAGGAUGAAGAAUUUGAUAACAAUGAUGAAGUUGACCCAAAUGAGGCUUUGACCGAUACGAAGGAUAUGCUUUCAGACUCACAACGAUUGGCAUAUGUGGGAAUGGCCAAAUUGAUAAUGGUGGAUAUGGCUACAAAGUUAGUCAUGGUGCAAUUUGGAACGAGUAGUAAAUUGGCAAAGCAAAUGAGCGAAUCUCAAAAACAUUUCUCCAAUUGGUCCUCGAAUACGUCGCUCAAAUUGUACGAUCAUUUAGGGUUGAUAAAGGAGGAGAAAGAAAUGAUUGAAAAUUUGAGUAAGCAUGGAGUUGAAAUUAGUGAUUUGUCAAAGAGUCUAACUUCUUUGGAAUUGAACAAGCCUAAGGGCCUUACCGACGACUUUGAUUUGAGAUGGGUUUUGAUAUGUGAUUUAUUUUUGUUACUACUAAGUGAUGGAUAUUACGACGCUCGUUCGAGGUCUCUUUUGAUGACAUUCGCAGAUAUAGUGGGUAUUUCUGGCUUGGAAGUCUUGCAAUUUGAGCGAAGGUUGAUGGAGUGUCUUGAUAUGGAAACCAAGGACAGAUCAAUUGAAAACAAAGAUGAAUCGCUAAGCGAUCAGCUGUUUGUCAAACGACAAAUUAAGAAGAACAGAAAUAAGCGGUUGGCUAUGAUUGGAUUGGCGACUUUGGGUGGAGGGUUGGCCAUUGGAUUAUCUGCAGGGUUAUUGGCUCCUGUUAUUGGAGCUGGUAUUGCUGCAGGUUUAACCACCGUAGGAAUCACAGGAACUAGUGGCUUUUUGGCAGGUGUUGGAGGAAGUGUUUUAAUCACUACAAGCGGAGUUGCAAUAGGUGCCAAAGUCGGAAAUAAAGCAGGUGCAAGAAGAGUUGGUGAUGUACAAACAUUUGAGCUCAAGCCGUUGCACAACAAUAAAAGAUCAAACCUUAUAGUCACCGUUAGUGGUUGGAUGAAUGGUGCAAUGGAUGAUGUUCGACUUCCGUUUUCGACAGUUGACCCUGUGAUGGGAGAUAUGUUUUCUUUGCUUUGGGAACCGGAGAUGUUGCAAUCAAUGGGUCAAACGAUUGGUAUUUUAGCAAGUGAGGCAUUGAGUACAUCCAUCCAGCAAAUAUUGGGAGCAACUAUUCUUAGUGCAUUGAUGUCUGCCAUUCAACUUCCAAUGGCGUUGUCGAAACUUUCGUACUUAUUGGAUAAUCCGUGGAAUGUGUCUUUGGAUCGUGCUUGGAAAGCGGGGAAGAUCUUGGCUGAAACAAUCUUAUCUGGAAACUUAGGUGUGAGACCCAUAACAUUAGUUGGAUUCUCACUAGGGGCGCGGUUAAUUUACUCCUGCUUGAUAGAAAUGGCCCAUAGAGGCGGAUACGGAUUAAUCGAAAAUGUCAUUCUCUUGGGAUCGCCAAUUGCUAUCGAUGUUGAUCAUCUCGCUCAAGCUAGGUCCGUUGUGAGUGGGAAGUUUAUCAAUGGAUACUCAAAGAAAGAUUGGAUAUUGGGUUAUCUAUUUAGAGCAACCGGUGGUGGAAUUCUGACAGUCGCUGGGUUAUCACCCUUGGAAUCUGUAAGUGGAAUCGAAAACAUCGACUGUACAGAGUUCGUCGAAGGUCACAUGUCAUACAGAAAAGCAAUACCAAAAAUCCUACAAUCAAUAGAUUGGGAAGUGCUAAGUGAUAAUUUUGCAGAAAUUGAAGAGCCAGACCCAGAGCAAGGGGAGAGACAAAGACAAUUGAUUAGUGAGUUUGAUGAAGCUAGAGCAAAAAUGGAAGAGCAAAAAAAUACACAGGCUGAACCCAAAGGAUGGCGGAAAUGGUUUGGGCCAAGAAAGAAAGACUGGUGGGAUAUUUAUGGUCAGUCAGGAGCUGAUAAUGAUGCCAACGAUGGGUCAAAAGAGGAAUACAAUGUCGAAGAACCCCCUAUUUUUGAUUUAGAGGCUUUGGCUAACGAGGUGAAUGAUAUUGAAGCUGCCGCUAAGGACAAACAGAAGGAAAAGGUAGUGGAAUGA